GUCUACACACAAUGAAAUGGAAAAGAACAGACGAGCUCAUCUAAGACUGUGUUUAGAACGCUUGAAAUCUCUUGUUCCUUUGGGACCWGAUGCUAACAGGCACACCACCCUCAGCCUGCUGAUGAAGGCCAAAGAUCAUAUCAAGAGAUUAGAGGAGAGUGAAAGAAAAGCUCAGCACACCUUGGAGCAGCUGCAGCGAGAGCAGAGACAUCUGCAGAGGCGUCUGGAGCAGCUGGGGGUGGAGAGGACCCGCAUGGACAGUACCGGCUCCACUCAGUCCUCUGAUAAAUCUGACUCUGAUCAAGAGGACCUGGAUGUGGAUGUGGAGGGGACAGACUACCUGCUGGGUGACCUGGAGUGGAGCACCAGCAGUGUGAGCGACUCAGGGGAUGAGCGAGGCAGCCUGCGCAGCAGCUGUAGUGACGAGGGCUACUCCAGCGCCAGCCUGCAGCGCCUGCACGACACUCAGGAGAGGGCCAAGCAGCUGGGCUGCAGCCUAUAAACAACCCCCCACACCCAACCCUCCCCUCAGUCUACCCCAGCCCAAGAUUGUUUCACCACUCCUCUCUGCUCAGACCUCCCCUCCCCCUCUCCUCCCCCUCCUCUCCCCUCCUUAUAAAGACUGACUGAGUUAGAGGCCACCACUCCAGCGAGGCCUCGCUGGACUUUUUGUCCGCAGCCUGACUUCUCUUCAGACUGCAGCACUUCUGAGACACCCACCCGCAUCCAGCCCCUCCAUCAGCGGUCAGUCUUAAGGGUGUCGCCCGCUCUGCUCCCAUCCAAUCAAACGAGUCAGGUUUUAAAGACACUCCACCACCCCGCCGCCCUUCCGUCCUUCAAAAACGCAACUGUCAGCCAGAGAAUGUUACCACACAAUGUCCCACUGCCUCCUUUUCUACGCCUCAAGAGCCAUGGGAAGCACUUAUGAGAUUUCACUCUUAAACCACACACACAUGCACACAUCAACACACAAACACACACACACACCUCUUCAUUUCUUCUAAUUGUCCAAUCGAACCUCUAAAAGGCGUGACACGGAUGUGACAGGAGGCGUGUUUUUUGUCCCUGCUCACCAGUCGCCCAUCAGUGCGCGGUGCGUUGCACUUAAAAUAGUUUUUGUAAACAGAAGUGUCAUCUUUUCAGACACUGUCUCUCACCUCCCCACUCGGUGGCAGUAAUCCCACCAGAUGAAGUGAAUGUUUGUAAAACAUGACAGUCAGCAGACUCUGUGGACACUAAACGGUCCGAGCCGACAGCAUUACGUCCUCAUUAGCUUUAGCAGUCAGGCUCGCGACCACCCUGUAAUUACACAUCCACGCCUCCCAUUCAGAGAGCAAAACAAAGACAAAUCAAAUGCCCAGCUUGAGAUUGUGAACAGGUUUGGGGUUGGGGGGGAUUAUGGGGAGCGGGUUUGAAACUCCCGGCCUCUCUCUGAUUAUGGUGGCACUUUUAGCUGCAGCCCCUUCUCCUCGGUGUGCAUGUCAUGUCUGGGCCUUUAACACCAGCCAGCAGGCUAAACACCAUCUUUUACCAGGUGAUGGUACGCUUCUGUACACGACUCCUCCACUGCCCCAUUAAGGAGGCGUUGCCUGAAAGUGGAAAAGCCUGUUUAUCCACAAAAAAAAAAAAAGACUUGAACACAUUCCACGAUGUAAAAGCAAACAAGCAGGUGAGAUUGAUGAUUAUUUUUGUGAGGAGAUGUUUCCAUUUACUUCUUAAGCUCAGACUGAGACAAGACAAAGUGAUCCUGAAGCAGAGUGACUUGUUUUCAGUGGGAACACACACACAGUGAAUGUUUCUGCGUUCAUCCUUAAGAAGCACUAACAUGUUAAAACCACAGAUUUUCUUUUAUUUUGCCUUGCCUUCAAAGCUAUUUAUUGUUUCAGUAAUGUACACCUUUUAAUGUAAAUAGUUCUCAGAAUGAUCUCUAUGUGUAACACCAAAUGUAUUUAUUAGAUAUCCUAAAUAUAUAGAUGAAUAUAUAAGAAUAUAUAUAUAUAUUUAUAUAUUUAGUCAUAGCUUAUGUUCUUUUUGUGAAGAGUUUCUUCUCAGUAGUUUGUUCACAGACAAGUCGAUCCCUAGAAUAUUUAGAACAACGUCUCUCGUGCCUCAAGGCUUGGAUGUGUGUUAAACUUGGUACGGCGUUCCUAGGAAAUGAACCGUUUUCAUUGUGGUUGAGUUUAAAUGUUUGCUGUUUUAAAAGCCAUCUCACCCUGUUAAUGAAGGGGCGAUGGGAGAAAUGAUGAUAAAAAAAAUCUGAAUAGCUUAGAAAAAUGUGAAUUAAAAGGUGUAAAAGUGAGAGGAGGAGCUCGACGAAGUCUCUGCUAAAGCGUAAAGAAGGUACACCAACACGCAAAAAAAUAAAAUAAAAUAAAAUCWGAAAAAAUAGUUAUAGGAUUUAGUCUUUCGGUGUGGCAUGCUACUUAUUUUUGUCAUGUUGAACCCUUUCCACGCAGAGAGGAACCGUGUAGCCACGAUCGCAGCAAAACGUGCUUCAAACAUAGGCGAGUGGGCAGGCGUGUUCACUGACACGCUGUUUGCUGGCGUGUGCAUGUGUAUACUGUGUGUGUGUUUAUUUGGUCACUGUCUUCAGAGAGAAAUCUUUGGGGUGGUAGAGGGAGGGUGGCUUGAAAAAUUGUAAGGCUCUGUUUCUAUUGUUUACUAGUAAAAAAAAAAAAAAAGAUCAGUUAUUAACUUGAGCACUAAUGUUCAUGAGAGUCUCGUGUUUUCACUUUUUUUUCUUGGCUUGUUUCCUGUGUGUUUGCCAGGUGGCCAUGUGUGAGACUGUGUCCCUCUUCUGCCUGCUGUGUUGGCAUUUCUGGUGCAGGAAGGAUGGGUGUGAGGGUUUGGGACAAGGUGCUUUUACUCUUAAAGGGACAGUCUGGUCUUCAUUGAAAUAAUGUUCUGUCGUAUUGUUCUCAGCAUCAUCUGUGACAUCAGAGAGCACGGGUUACAGAGAAAAGGAUCCUUCCUUUAGACAAAGCCAGUCAUUUUUCAGACUCUUUCUCCAAACAAACAGCAUGGUGUGAAACAUCAAAACAUAUUGGAGCUAGAGACGGGGCCAGGAGCGGGAAGUUGAAGCCAUGAAGAGCGAUGCCCCCAUGUGGCAGGCUGCAGUACAGUCUUAAUGUUCCUCCCCUCCAUAWUGAGACUUGCAAAAUCAAAUUUUUUUAAUUGACAUAUUUCUUACCGUGCUGUUUAUGAUCAAACAUUGUUUUUAUUCAAUUUUGAUUUAAUUUGAGGGUGAAAGAAAAAGUGUGGGAGGGUAUGUGUGUCUCUGAAGGAUUUUUGUAUGGGUUGCUGCUUUAUGGCAUGGCAGCACCAAAACAACAUGCUAGGUGGCUAGCUAAUAGCUAGCUAAUGCUCUCUGCCUGAUGUCACAACUAUUAGAACAUCACUUCAAAGCUGACCAGAAUGUCCCUAGAAGCGUCACGCUGCAACAGCCCCUCCCUCUCACCCUCCUACCCCCCCUUGACCCGAUGACCCUGGUGCUCUUAGCACCUGCUUUAAGAAGCAGGUGUAGAAUCUCUCGAAGAACAAGCCCACAGUUGUUUAAGCUACAGCUUCAGGGGGGAAACCCGUGCACAUUUGGGUUUUUGCACCACUUCUCCCUGCACACAACAUGGCGAGCGAUGCCUUAAAAUGGUAAUAAAAGGGAGACCCAACAAAAAGCUGGACAUGAGUGUUUCUGAUGUGUAGAGUUGCAUCACAAAAGAUCAUUUUUCCUUUUCAUUGUGACCGUCUGAGGCGCUGUGCUUUCAGGCUUCACACACACACAGCGUCACGACUCCACGAGCAUCAUCACCAUCACCUGCCACCUUUUCUCUGCAGAAAGGUCAAAUGUCUGUUUUCUGAUUAUUGGAUGUUUUCUGCACUUACUUUUUAAGAAUUGGAGAUUUUGAACAUUGUAUUCUAAAUGAAUCGCUUCAAAUAUGGGUUAAAAAAAGCCCUUUGACAAAGAAUUGUGGAGCAGCAGUUUAUAUUUGCCACUGAUGACAAAAGAAUAAAUUAUUUGGAAACCCUUGUUUACCUAUA